AUGUGCAACAACGUGGAUGAGUGGGAGGUUAUCAUGCUAAGUGAAUCAUCAUCAGCCAAUGCCAACCCCCCUCCAGCAGAUGUGAGACCAGCCUCUGAAGAUAGGCAGUAUUCCAGUGGGCCCACCUCAGCUCACCUGGCCAGCCUGGAUCCCUCAAGCCCUCCCCAGAUGCCAGAAACCCUUGAAGAUCAAGUGGCUUCUCUAGGACAAACAUCUGUGAGCCCUGAGCAAGCCUUGGAGGAAAGUGUUCACCCUUAUUUCUUAGAAAAAAGUGUUACCUCCACCUUGGAAAUCCUGGAAGACCCUUCCCAGGUGGCUCCCCAACACCGAACAGAAGACCCUUCCAGAGAUGCCAGAGAAAGCUCGAACCAGGUCCCUGCUUCCUCGGCCAGAGCUGCUUUGCCCCCUGGUACUCCCCCCACAGGAGCAUGUGAAGAAGGGCCCCUCGCAGACCUGUCUGGCGAGGCCCCAGCCGGCCCUGAAGACCCCUCUGGUCCUGGGAACACCAUCCUGGCCAGCCCUCUGAAGGCUGGAGAGGCCACAUCCCCAAGUCCUCAGAAGAAAGGCCAGAGGGCCAGCUCUUGGAGCAGCGGGCCCAGAGAACUAGAAUUUGAUUUCUCUGACAAUGCCACCAGCCAAAUGUUGCCCCCACUAAGGGAAAUGGGGAAGAGACCCAGCCUUAAACCUCCCUCUAGGAUAUCAGAGGUGAGGCAGGAAAAGGCCCCCGAGGCGGUGGGCGAGGGGCCCGUUCCCCUUCCCCAGGGGUCUUACAACCUGGACUGGAACAAGCUGGAUGACCCAAACUUUAACCCAUUUGAAGGUGGAGGAGAGGCCCCGCCCCCAGAAUGCCCCCAGAGCAGGCCAGCCGAGCCUGUGGCCAAGGAGCUGUCUGCUGGCCCUGAGGCCCCAGGGCACUUCUGUCCGAACCAGCAGGUGCCUUCAGCCUCCACGGAUGACACGCCUGUGGCACAGACCGCAGCAAGGACCCCGGGCACAGCAGGCAAGGAGGGAGCUCCGGACUGUGCAGGUGUAUCCGCCCCCAUGGGCAGCCCGGGCGGUGAGCCUGUGUCCCCGACUCCUCCACGGGGCCUGGAGCCUGUCUCAGAGCCGGAUGAGGAGCACUUCCGAGACCCAGCUGAGGUUCUAGGCACAGGAGCCGAGGCGGAUUAUCUGGAGCAGUUUGGGAGUUCCUCGUUUAAGGAGUCGGCCCUGAGGAAACAGUCCUUGUACCUCAAGUUUGACCCGCUCCUGAAGGACAGCCCUCCGAGACCAGUGCCUGUGGCUCUGGAGACCAGCAGUGCACAGGACGUGGCCGUGACUUCCUCAGGAAGCCCGCCCAAGGUGAAGCUAGUGGAACUUGACUUCCUAGGAGCCCCAGGUGCUCCUGUGCUGGACCCCCCUCCCUGCUUUGGGCUUGGGGGUCCACUGCUGCCCAUGGGGCCCACUGUGGACAUGCUGCAGUAUGGCCAGAAGGUCAUGGACGCGGCGGUGGAGGCCACGCGCGAGGAGAACGCGUUGCUGAGGAGCAGGUGUGAGGCGCUGCACGCCAAGAACCUGGAAAUGGGGAAGAUAAUGGACGGGUUUGAGGGGAUUGUGUACCAGGUGAUGGAGGAGGCUCAGAAACAGAAGGAACUUGCAAAAGCGGAGAUCCAGAAGAUUCUGAAGGAAAAAGACCAACUGACUUUAGGGCUGAGCUCCAUGGAAAAGUCCUUCUCUGACCUCUUCAAGCGGUUUGAGAAACAGAAGGAGGUGAUCGAGGGGGAUCGCACGAAUGAACAGUCGCUGAAGAAGUGUGUGGACGAUUACAUAGCAAGGAUAGAGAAGGAAGGCCAGCGGUGCCAGGCCCUGAAGGCCCACGCAGAGGAGAAGCUCCAGCUGGCCAGCGAGGAGGCCGCCCGGGUGCGCAGCAAAGCCCAAGCGGAGGCCUUAGCCUUCCAGGCCAGCCUGAGGAAGGAGCAGAUGCGCAUCCACUCGCUGGAGAAGGCAGUCGAGCAACAGACUAAGGAAAACGAGGAACUGACCCGAAUCUGUUGUGACCUCAUCUCCAAGAUGGAGAAGAUCUGA